AUGCUUUCUGAGGUGUCUGUCGUUACCAACCGUAAAGUCGCAGGCUCCCAACUGUGUCCCCUGCUAACGGAGGCGGCUACCGCUCAGCAGACAGUCUGGCUCGGUUGCCAAAACGGCGAUCUCUUCCUGCACUGCAGCAUGACCAGUCGCUACCGCUGUCUUCAGACCACUCGAAUGCCCAGCGGCGUUACCGCCAUCUGUCACUUCUCCGGUCGGGUGUUUGUCAGUCUCGCGGACGGGCACAUCGUCGUCUUCCGACGUCAGGCUCCUCCGGCCACCGCUAAUGCCUCUUUCGUUGGCUAUCCUGGUGACGCCCAGGCGCUAGCUGAUCUGGAGGAUAAGGGGGUCUUUGCGACGGACACCAUCUCCGCCGCCGCCGUCAUUCCCCGUUCUGCCACCCAAGACACCGCUAUAACC